UGACAUGGCCGGCAUAUCAGACGUCCUUCUCUCAGAGCGGAUAAACCAACUUGAAUCUACUUUAGAAGCUGAUGUCACGCUACAAGUGGACGGCGAGUCUUUUUACGUCAGCCGUCGCCGGCUUGCUCAGCAGAGCCCCUACUUCCGGGCUCUGUUCUACGGCUGCGGCGUUGAACGCACUAAAAGGGAAAUUGAGCUCAAAGGGAUCCGCUUGCAGUAUUUCAGGGUGCUGAUGGACCACAGCCAGACUUCCGUUCUCGCUCUAAACAGAGAAAACGUUUUGGGGAUCCUCGAGACCGCGGAUUUCCUCCAGCUUGAGCGUGCCAAGCUUCUGUGUUGCAAGUACCUUGAACGUGAGCUCCAUGUCUGCAACUGCUUGGGAAUGAUGGCCUAUGCCUGGCAACGAGGUUGUACUCAGCUGUACACCGCAGCAAAGCAGGUGGUCCUCACACACUUCUCCGCAAUCGUCUCAGAGGAGGACUUCCUGUCUUUGCCUAAGGAGACUGUGGCGCACCUCCUCGCCAGCGAUGACCUGGCCAUCUACAAAGAUGACUUGGCGCUGGAAGCGACCCUUCGCUGGGUGUCAUUCCACCCAAAACGAGAGGAUCACUUUCUGGAGCUCAUUGAGCUGGUGAGGCCUGAGUCUCUGUCCUUGUCGUUUGUCUCGAAGCUUCUUGAAACCAUGACACAAAGUUCGGACCCCAGAGCCAAGCUUAUCUGCAUGCUGAAUGAACAUUUUCCCACUUCCUGGUCGCUCGGCAGGUCCCUGCAGAGGAUUAGUGCCAAAGAAACCCUCUUUGUUCUGGGUGGACCUCAUGAUCAGGAGCAACAAGCAUCCUAUCAGUUUCAUGCGCUCAGUGGAAGAUGGCAAAACUGUUCACCUCUGCAGAGGAAGAACCUCACACAGUAUUCUGUGGCUUCAGUAGGAGACCGUGUGGUUGUGACAGGGGGCUAUUUCCGUGAUGUGCUGUGGUUCUGUGUGGACUGGGUCAGGACAUACGAAUGUGGGAACCAGCGUUGGGUGGAUGGGCCCGCUCUGCAGAAGUCCAGACACAGCCACUGCUCCAUUGCUGUUGAUUCCAUCCUGUAUGUCCUCGGGGGAAGCAUGGAAGAAGGGCUGGUGGCUGAUGUUGAGAGACUACCUGACCCCAGGAGUAGUCUCUCAACAUCAGCCACCAGCCCUGGGGUUUGGGAAAGCGUCAGCCCCAUGAUUCGGGCUGUGGAAAGAGCAGCGGUAGCCGCUCUGGGCUCGUGUAUCUAUGUGGCAUGUGGCCUGGAUGAAAACGGGGAGGCGUACGGCGGAAUCCAGAAGUACGACACCAAAGAGGAUCACUGGGAUGUCGUCUCCUUUUCCCCUUUUCCACGAUACGACCUCGUUGCGACCGAGCUGAACGGUGCACUCUAUCUGUUCGGAGGUCAAGCCUUGCGCUUUGACGUGGAGACGGACGAAUGGACCGUGCUGGACGAGGAGUCUCUGGAGAAAAAGUUCUUCUGCGGAUGCGCCACAGUCAGCGGCCGGAUAUACCUGGUGUGUGAGAAAAAGGGCAACAAAUCACUCCCGAACAUGGUUUUGUUUGACCCUUACACAGACACUUGCAUGGAAGUGGACAACGCUAUACCCUGUCCUGUGCCACUCAGAGGCUGCGUCACCAUUAAAGUGCGUACAUGAAGACGUGGGAUGUUGAAAAGUGUCCGCAUCCACAUGAAGAACACUUUUACUUGGCACUGCUCGAAUCUGAUUCCAUACUUCAUUGUUUUGUGAAUAUUCUCAUUUAUCAAGUCAUUGUCUUGGCGGCUACCUGCUAGUUGGCAUCUAUUAAGGACCUACGGGCUGUGUUCUCUUAAAACA